AUGCCGAAGCAAAAGUUCAACUCGCACGACAUCGCCGCGUCGUGCGCCACGCUUCGCGCCAAGGUGCUCGGCGCGUGGCUGGCGAACAUCUUCGAUCUGGACGACAAGCGGACGCUGCUCCUCAAGUUCACGCGGUCUGGGGGCGCGACGGAGAGCGGAGAGGGGGAGAAGACGACGGUGCUGCUCGAGUCGGGCGCGAGGUUUCACACGACGUCGUACGCGCGCGAGCGCAAGGCGGACCAGCCGUCCAAAUUCAACGCCAAACUGCGGAUGCACCUCAGGGGCAAGCGACUCAACGGCGUCAACCAGAUGGGCGCCGAUCGAGCCGUCGCGUUCACCUUCGGCGCGGGCGACACCGAGCACCACCUCGUGCUGGAGCUGUACGCGCAGGGUAACAUCGUGCUCUGCGACAGGGAGUGGCGCAUCCUCACGCUCCUGCGGCCGCACAGGGACGACGCGCGAAGCCUGGUGCUCCUGGGUAACCACCCGUACCCGAGGGAACGAUUCCGAUCGCACGUUCGCGUCGACGCCGCCGCCCUCGUCGCCGCGCUCGAAGGCAGACACGACGACGACCCGCUCGGACCCAAACCUAUUGAAGGCGAAGGUGUUGAAGGCGAAGGUAUUGAAGGCGCUCGCGAGAAACGAAGGGCGCCGGGGACGGUUCGCGAGGCGCUGUGCAAAGCAUUCGGCUUUGGCCCUCCGGUUGUCGAUCGAGCGGCGAGGAUGGCGGGCAUCGUCGACGGCAGCGCCGCGAAGACCCCGUUGGACGACGCGCAGGUCACCGCGCUGGGCGCUUCGCUCGGUGCGAUCGAUGAUUGGUUCGAGGGCGUGACGGACGGACGCGUGGAGCCGCGCGGCGUGGUGACGUGGCGGAUUAAGGAAGGGGAGUCCGGCGAGGACGGCGCGACGGCUUCGUCGCCCAGCCUCGACGCGGAUUUCGAGGACUUCUCCCCGUUCCCCGCGGACGACGUGCCGCCGCCGGCCCAAUUCGACCCGAAAGUCUUUCGCACGACGGAGAUCAGCGGCGGUUUCGACGCGGCGCUGGACCUGUUCUUCGCGUCGUUCGAGGCGCGACGCGACAGGUCCCGGCGCGAGAAGAGUGCCAACGCCGCGGCGAAAAAACUCGAAAAGGUGCGACGCGACCAGGAGGCGCGGGUGAGGGCGCUGGAGAAGGAGCGCGAGUCCCAGGAGCUCGCCGCCACCCUGAUCGAGUACAACCUGACGCAGGUGGACGCGGUGCUGGCGGCGGUGAACGGCGCGUUGGCGGGAGGUAUGGCGUGGGAUGACCUGACGCUGAUGAUCAAGGAGGAGGCUCGGGCGGGUAACCCCGUGGCGCGUCUCGUCAAAACCCUCGACCUCCCUAAGAACAAGGUCACCGUGACGCUGAAGAACCACCUCGACGUGGACGACGACGAGGGCGACGACGACGGCGACGAUGGCGACGGCGGCGACGCGGACGACGUGGGCGAGGGCGACGCCAAGCCCAGGUCGAGGCGAUUGAAGCGCGACGGGGGCGUGUCGGUUGAGCUCGACUUGGCGCUCGGCGCUCACGCCAACGCGAGGGAACACUUCGAUCGAAAGAAGAAGCACGACGCGAAGCACGGCAAGACGCUGGCGCAGAACAAACGCGCGGUGGCCGCCGCGGAGAAGAAGGCCAAGGAGGCUGGCGCGAGGAUGGCGAGCAAGGGCACCGGGAUGGGCAUCGCCAGGGCUCGCGUCCCCGAGUGGUUCGAAAAGUUCCACUGGUUCAUCACCACCGAGAACUGCUUGGUGCUCAGCGCCCGGGACGCCGCGCAGGCGGACGCGCUCGUCGUCAAGUACCUCGGCCCCGACGACGCGUUCGUGCACGCGGAUUCACCCGGCGCGCCGGUGACAAUCGUCAAGGCUCCGCCGGUGAGGUCCCCCGCGCUUCCGGAGGCGGAGGCGUCCAUGUCGCGCCUGUCGCUGAGUGCCACUCGGGUCGUCGGGUCGUCGGCGGACGGGUGGUGCGGCGGGGUUCCGCCGGUGAGCCUGAUCCAGGCUGGCGCCGCGUGUCUCUGCAGGUCGGCGGCUUGGGAUUCCCGCCACGUCGUGUCCGCGUUUUGGAUCCCUCCGGAGAAUGUCCGGAAGGUUACCCCGGACGGCGACCCGCUCGCGCCCGGGGUGGUGUGGCACGUCGGCGCGAAGACGUACUUACCCCCCGCGCCGCUGGUCAUGGGAUUCGGGUGCGUGUUUUUGCUGAGGGACGAGGACGGGGUUCGGGCGCACGUUGGGGACAGGACGGUUAAGACUUUGAAAACCUCGCCGGCGGAUGGCGUGAAGAUCGACGUCGUCGCCGACGAUGACGACGAAGGAGACGAGGAGAUGCCGGAGGAUGACGACGAGGAGAUGUCGGAGGAGCCGGACGAAAACGGCGAGGAGGAGGAGAAGGAGGACGGCGACGAGGACGAUGACGAGGAGAAGGAGAAAGAGGAGCACGAGCAGCAGGAGGAGGAAGUCGAGGAGCGGGACAAGGAAGAAGAGGAGGAGGAGGAAGAGAAGGAGGAGGAGGAGGAGGAGGAGGAGGAGGGGGAAGGAAACGACGACGGGGAUCGAAAACCCGACGGCAAGGUCCGCAUCUCCGCCAAGGAGCGACGGAUGAUGAAGAAGCAGCGCAAGAGGGGCGGCGAAAACGGGAUGGGCUCCGACGACGACGACGACGCCGACCCGAUCAAACCGGCCGACGGGUCCGAGCCCCAACAACAGCCUCAACGAGACCAGCAACGUCAACGGCAACAGCACCAGGGACAACAACAGCCCGGCAAUAAACCGCUGCCCCGGGGCAAAUCGUCCAAGGCUAAGAAGGCUGCCAAGAAGUACGCGGACCAGGACGACGAGGACCGCGAACUGGCAAUCGCGUUGGCUCGAGCCUCGGGGAGGAAAGGGAAGAAGGGCGGCUCGAAGAAAGGCGCCGGAAAGCGCGGCGGCGGCGGUGGCUCCAGUUCGGACGACGACAUCGUCGAACCGAUCGCGGCGAACCGCCGGCAAGGCGACCGCCGCGACCGGAACGAUUCCAACCGCGACAAGGCAUCGCGUCGGCACGGCGGGAACCUCGACAAAAAGUCGUCUUUCGGCGGCGGCGGCGGCGGCGGCGGCGGCGGGGCGCGGCGCGGCCGACCCGGGGGCGACGGCGGCGAGGACGACGACGCCGGGGUCGCCGAGGAAGGGGUCGCCGAGGAGGAUCCCGCGGCGUUCGCGCGGAGAGACGCGGAACGCGUGGCGCGCGUCGAUUGGUUCACCGGUUGUCCGACUUUUCCCGACGCGAUUGAUUUCGCGGUUUGCGUCGUGGCGCCGUACGCGGCGCUGCAGUCGUUCCGGUACAAGGUCAAGCUCACCCCGGGGACGCAGAAGAAGGGUAAGGCUGGGAAGCAGGCGCUCGACAUCCUGUGCAGGGCGCCGAUGUCGUCCGCGAACGGCGGCGGCGGCGGCGGCGGCGGCGGGAGGGACGGCGGCGGGGCUUUGUCGAGCAGGGAGGAGAAGGAGCGCGAGUCGUCGCUCGACUCGAGGUGCAAGGAGAUGAUGCGCGCGGCAGAGGGCGCGGCUGGGGACCUGGCGCGUUUGAUGUGCGGCGGAGGGGUGAAGGUGUCGAUGCCGGCGGGCGCGGCGAAGGCGAUGAACGCGGGUCGCAAGGGGAAGAGGUGACGAUAGCCGGCGUCAAUUUGGAAUCAAAUUCAUCCUCUUCGCGCC